CGGGUCCAGCUAGGCACCAUCGACCCCGACCUCUCCCCCACCUCUUGAAGCUCGGAGGCCCCGCCGCAUCAACCACUCGUCUCUUUUUCUUCGCCCCGAGCCGAGGAGAGAGAGAGAACGCGCGCGCCCGAGAUCUCCAAGAAGUUGCGGCAACAUGGGGCUCACCUUCACGAAGCUCUUCAGCCGCCUCUUCUCCAAGAAGGAGAUGAGGAUCCUCAUGGUCGGUCUCGAUGCUGCUGGUAAGACCACCAUCCUCUACAAGCUCAAGCUCGGAGAGAUCGUCACCACCAUCCCCACAAUCGGGUUUAAUGUGGAGACUGUUGAAUACAAGAACAUUAGCUUCACUGUUUGGGAUGUCGGGGGUCAGGACAAGAUCAGACCACUGUGGAGGCACUAUUUCCAGAACACUCAAGGCCUUAUCUUUGUUGUUGAUAGCAAUGACAGAGAUCGUGUUGUUGAGGCAAGGGAUGAGCUCCACAGGAUGCUGAAUGAGGAUGAGUUGAGGGAUGCGGUCUUACUCGUUUUUGCUAACAAACAAGAUCUGCCCAAUGCAAUGAAUGCUGCUGAAAUCACCGAUAAGCUUGGUCUCCAUUCCCUGCGCCAACGCCACUGGUAUAUCCAGAGCACUUGUGCUACAACAGGAGAAGGUUUGUACGAGGGUCUUGACUGGCUCUCCAACAACAUUGCAAACAAGACCUGAUCGGACUCGUCUGCGGUUCCAUGAAGUACAUGACAAUUGCAUUUUCCGCAGAAAUGGAGCCAAGGGUCAUUUUGACCUUCAGACUUUAUUAUUUCAUUGGAGUGUUUGUUAAGUAUUGUAUUUUUUAUUUUUUAUUUUUUUGCUAGGCUUUCAGAGAGCUCCUAAUUUUCUGUCUAGUUUUCGGUUUGCAAGAGGCUGAACCUUGGUGAGAAUAAGAGUAUUUGUUGUGAGUUUUCUAAAGAAUAAACGUGAUCUAACCCGAAAGGUCAUGUACGUGAGUUAGGACCGACUUGGACUCGAAUAUGAAACAAAACAGAAAAUCUAAGCUACUACCAACAUAUUGUUUUUA